UAGGUACUUGUACGAAGUAGUAACUAAAUCCAUGGAAUGGACCUGCUGACUGAUCGGACCGAAUCUGACAGAACAAUAAUGAAUUUGUAAAUAAACAAAUUAAAAUAUCUUCUAUUAAAUCCAGUUUGUGUCAGUUGGUUCAUCUAACAAUGAAUAACUCCGCAGCAAAAGUUGGUGAAAUAUUCACAGAGGCUGGAGCAGCAUUUAACAAAUUGGCUGAAAUGACGAUGUUGUUGCACCCUACAGCAGAGACAUUGUCAAGCUCACAAGCAAAAACACCAGUAAAGAGGAAGGCUGCAGAAGAAAGAGUAGUUAUUACUAGUAACACCUCUACAGUGCAAUCUCAGCAUACCUUACAUACUCCACCGAUAUCUCAACAGGUCACACUUAACAUGCUAAAUGCCCAAGAGUCUGAAAUGGAUGUGGAAGGACUUGGCAGUGAUGUAAAGUUAGAAUUUGAGUCCAGUACAGAAGAAGUGACCACAUAAAAUGCACCACAAGAGGUUCUGGUCACGCAAGUGAGACAUUCUGUACUAUGUUUAUAGGUAGUCAUUUAAUAAAAUUUUACUUUUAUAAUGCAAACAA